CAUAAAACUUGGGGGACUCUGGGAUACCAGCCUCCCGCUCCCUCCCAGUUCACCCCAAAAUGGGUCCCAGGAACAUCGCCUUCCUGUUUCUUUUAUUCCUUAACACAGGGCGGGGAGAACUCCUUGAUGACUAUGAGAGUACAAAGGGAGCUUGGCUCCAAAGUCAGCUGAGCAAGCAAUAUACGGUGACUGGGGAGGAAGAAUGCGCAAAGAAAUGUGAUGAAGAAACCGCUUUUCAGUGCAGGUCCUUCCAGAUCAAAAGUGAAGACCAGCAAUGUGAAACAAUGGCUGAAAACCACAGGACUUCAACCAUCAUCAGGAAGAGAGAUGUCAUUUUGUAUGAGAAAAAAAUAUAUCUUUCAGAGUGUAAAAUCGGCAAUGGCGAAAGCUACCGAGGAACCGUGUCGAAGACCAAGGCUGGUGUCACCUGUCAGAAGUGGACUGCUCUCUCGCCUCACGUACCUAAGUAUUCACCUACUCUUUACCCCUACAAAGGGCUCGAGGAAAACUACUGCAGAAAUCCGGACCUCGAUUCUCAGGGACCGUGGUGUUAUACCACAGAUCCUGAAAAGAGAUAUGAUUACUGCGACAUUCCAGAAUGUGAAGAGGAGUGCAUGCACUGCAGUGGCGAAAAUUACCAAGGUAAAAUCUCUACCACCAAGUCUGGGUACAAGUGCCAAGCCUGGAAUUCUCAGCUGCCGCAUUCUCACGGAUACAUACCUCACAAGUUUCCCAACAAGAACCUGAAGAUGAAUUACUGCCGGAAUCCUGACGGGGAGCCUCGCCCAUGGUGUUUCACCACCAGUGAGAACAAGCGCUGGGAUUUCUGUGACAUUCCCCGCUGCACUACCCCACCUCCACACCCUGGCCGGACGUACCAGUGCCUGGUCGGGAAAGGAGACACGUACAGAGGAAAAAUAGCCGUCACGGCUUCUGGAAAGACCUGUCAACGCUGGAGUGAGCAGACUCCCCACAAGCAUUCCAGGACCCCGGAAAACUUCCCCUGCAAGGGUUUGGAAGAAAACUACUGCCGUAACCCGGACGGAGAGUCUGCCCCUUGGUGCUAUACCACGGACAGUGACGUGCGCAUGGAGCACUGCAAUGUGCCUCGCUGCGGAGCCCAGGCCCCCACGGAACAGCCAGCAGUUUUGCCCGAGGAGACGCCGGUGGUCGAAGAAUGCUACCAGGGUGAUGGAAAGAAUUACCGCGGAAUGUCUUCCACCACCAUUUCCGGAAGGAAGUGCCAAGCUUGGUGGUCUAUGAGGCCUCACUACCACAAUAAGACGCCAAUACUGUAUCCAGAUGCGGAUCUGAGAAUGAACUACUGCAGAAAUCCAGAUGGUGAUGAUCACCCCUGGUGCUAUACCACAGAUCCCAGUGUCAGGUGGGAAUACUGUAAUCUGAAGAAGUGUCCAGCACAAGGACAGAAUCCCCAGAGCCCCGAGGAUGGGAGUGCCCCCUCCCAACCAGAGCCGCCCGCCUACGAGUGCGGAAAACCCAAGGUAGAGCCAAAGAAAUGUGGUGGCAGAAUCGUCGGAGGGUGCGUGGCACAUCCGCACUCCUGGCCCUGGCAAAUCAGUCUCAGAAAAAGGUAUUAUCCUUCCUGGGUUCACUUCUGUGGAGGCACGCUGAUUGACCCCAGCUGGGUACUUACUGCUGCUCACUGCCUUCAACACUCGCCGAGGCCGGCCUCCUACCAGGUCUACCUAGGCCUGCACAAGGAAAAUGGAGAAAGUUACACACAGAAAAUCGACUUGGAAAAACUGUUUAAGGGACCUAAUGGAGCAGAUAUUGCCUUGCUGAAGCUGAGCAGACCUGCUGAGCUCAACGAUAAAGUAAUCCCCGCCUGUUUGCCUUCUGAGCAUUCUCCACUGGCAGACAAAACAGUAUGCUACAUUACUGGUUGGGGUGAAACUAAAGGCACUUCUGGAGUUGGUGUGCUAAAGGAAGCCAGCCUGCCAGUUAUUGAGAAUAAGGUGUGCAACAGUCGUUCGUACUUGAGAAAUCUCGUUAAACCUUCGGAGAUUUGCGCUGGCCAUUUUGAAGGAGGUACUGAUAGCUGUCAGGGUGAUAGCGGAGGGCCGCUCGUUUGCUUCGACAAAGACAGAUACAUCAUACAAGGAGUCACCUCCUGGGGUGUCGGGUGUGCCCUGCCCAACAGACCGGGGGUUUACGUUCGUGUAGCCUGGUAUCGCCAAUGGAUUCAAGAAACAAUGAAACUUAACUGAUCAGAUGGACGAGAGAGAGAGAUGGAGAGAUGGAGAGAGAGAAAGCACAACUGAUUGGUUCUACCUACCCGCACAGAGGAUGACGUUCUAGUGUGCGCCGACAUAAUCUGCAGUGAUCAACCAAAGACGCGGGAUGUUAUCAGCAGCCUCCAGUGACGAUACCUCAGAUGAUCCGGGGGAAGGAAGUCAAUGGGGUCCAUUUGGUUGUGCAACUGUGGUUCUGUUGUAUGUACUGCUGGAUGCUGAUUUGUUGAAAAUGAAUUCUCCUUACCUCCACAUGACCAAAAUCAUCCGUAACUCAUAAUUAGAGAAUAAAAAACAAUUCUUAAAUGCUGA